AAAAAAAAAAAAAAAAAAAAGUUAUCAGCAUCUAGAAGGAGCUAGCUACUACACAGAGAGUGGAACGAGAUUCAUACUCGCCAAUCGCCAUUGACCUUUCAUAGAGCGAAGCUUUACUUUAAUACCCUUUUAACUAAAAUGGCGACGCUAUCAAAACUAGAGAUUGCCACGACCUUCCUCGCUUACACUGCUCCUCGUUGCUCGACGACCUUGAACCCUCACUUCUCUUCUGCAGCCAUCUCCGUUUUCUCCAGGCGCAGAGCUACGACCGCUUCCGUCACAGCGACGCAGUCGUUGUUCUUUUCCCCGGUGGUAAAUUCCAAUCGCCGUCGAAAAUUCUCAUCUGUCUCGGCCUCAGCUUCCGCGCCGCCGCAGACUGAAGAUUCCGAUGUCACCACUAAGAUUCCGCCUGAUAACCGGAUUCCGGCUACUAUAAUCACGGGGUUUCUGGGCUCUGGCAAGACGACAUUGCUGAAUCAUAUACUGACCAGAGAUCAUGGGAAGCGCAUUGCCGUGAUCGAGAAUGAGUUUGGUGAAGUUGACAUCGAUGGUUCACUUGUUGCUGCUAAAUCUGUGGGAGCAGAGGAUAUUGUGAUGCUCAACAAUGGCUGUCUGUGUUGCACAGUUAGGGGUGAUCUUGUGAGGAUGAUUGGAGAAUUAGUCAAUAAGAAAAAGGGAAAAUUCGACCAUAUUGUGAUAGAGACAACAGGAUUGGCAAACCCUGCACCAAUUAUCCAAACCUUUUAUGCUGAAGAAGAAAUUUUCAAUGAUGUCAAACUGGACGGCGUUGUUACUCUAGUUGAUGCUAAGCAUGCUCGUUUGCAUCUGGAUGAGGUCAAACCCAAAGGUGUUGUCAAUGAGGCUGUUGAACAAAUUGCGUAUGCAGAUCGUAUCAUAGUUAAUAAGACUGAUCUUGUUGGUGAGGCAGAAUUAGGUUCUGUGGUGCAACGCAUAAAGACAAUAAACAGCAUGGCUCAGAUGACGCGGACAAAGUACGGAAAUGUUGACUUAGAUUACGUUCUUGGAAUUGGAGGUUUUGAUCUACAGAGAAUCGAAAGCUCUGUGAAUGAAGAUGAUAAAGAAGAUCACCAUGAUCACGACCAUGAUCAUCACCAUGAUCACGACCAUGAUCAUGACCAUGAUCACAACCACCAUCAUCACGAUGAACAUGAGCAUCAUCAUCAUUCUCAUGAUCACACCCAUGAUCCCGGUGUUUCUUCAGUCAGUAUUGUUUGCGAAGGAAGCUUAGACCUUGAGAAGGCAAACAUGUGGCUAGGGACUUUACUGAUGGAACGCAGUGAGGACAUCUACAGAAUGAAAGGUCUCCUCUCGGUCCACAGCAUGGAGGAGAGAUUUGUGUUUCAAGGAGUCCAUGACAUAUUUCAAGGAUCACCAGACCGGUUAUGGGGAAGAGACGAAGCUAGAGUGAACAAGAUUGUCUUCAUUGGCAAGAAUUUGAACAGGGAGGAGUUAGAAAAGGGUUUUAAAGCGUGCUUGAUUUGAUUUUUGGAAUCUUUUUUUAUCUUUUCACUAAGGUGUAAUGUAUACCUUGUAAUUCUAUUUAAGUGCCAAGCAAACGUGAUUGCGGAGGUAUCCCCUACUUAAUAAAGUUAAAUCUACAAUCUUUGAACAAA